AGUUAAGUUGUAAAUGACCCUUCCAUUGUAGAGUAUAUGCUCAUUAAAAUAUGUUUAAAAAUACAAUUCACCAGUGUUUUUUUGUAAUGCUUUCACUUGAGAGUUUAUGUUUAGUGCACAAAAGAUAUAAAUGAAGGCAACAACAGAAGCCCACAUUUAACCACAAACACAAACUAUAUACCAACAGAUUCAUACCUGCAGGUGUUUAAAACCUAAAAAAUAAAUGUUGAUCCAAAAGCACUUUUAUCUACAGUAGAAAUUAUUAUUUAUCUUUUUAUUGACUCAAAUCAAUAAUUAUGACUAAUAUCCACGUGACUAUUAGAUUUUUCAGUAGCUUAUGGUUUCAACAUUCAGCAGUGGUUUUGGUCUUGUGUGCUGAGAUGAAUACAAUAAUAUUGGUAUAAUCAUUUUUGAGUGUCAUUACUUCCUGUAACAUUUACUUAUACCGGCUUCCUUCCAGUACAGAGUUUUCUGCAGCUAUUGUUUGAUAAAUGGCAGCAAUUUAUGAAAAUCCUGUUUUCAUACGUUCUUUAAACAACACAUGCUCUCAUCUAACAGAUAAGGACUCUGAUGAAACUGAAGUCAGAUCUGUUAAAUGGAUUAAAGUUCUUCUGAUAGUUGUUGGUGUUUUUCUUGUUUUUGCUCUGGGUGUCAUCUGUGUUCUCAGUUUACUCUAUGUUGGUAUAUUCAGAGUCAGACUGUGUGACUUUCAACAACACAAUGAUACAAAACCACCAACAUAUCCAGAGCAGAAGUCGUGUACAUCAACCAAUGAGACGAAGCUUUUAGGCAAAUACAACAAAGUUAAAGACUGUCUGUACUCUUGUACUGAUUUCAGUGCUUCAUCUUGUAAGCUUUGUGAAGAGGGCUGGAAAUCAUACAGUGGAAAGUGUUAUUUCUUCUCUUCUAAAAAGAUGACUUGGUUUGAGGCUUAUAAUUUAUGUGAUACAUUGAACGCUUAUCUGGUCACCAUCAACAGCAAAGCUUUACAGGAUUUCCUGGUGUCUAAAAUUAAAGUGACUCACUGGAUCGGUCUUAAUGAUCUGGAGACUGAAGGUCGAUGGGUUUGGGUGAAUGAUCAAACUCUGAAAGAGACCGGAGUACAGUAAGAGUUCA